CACGUCAGGUACACGCGCGCACGCAAACGUCAUUCGAACAACUGCAGCGGGGUAUUAAUAGCCCUGCUGACUCAAUUUGUUCGCAAAGAGGCGUCCACGCAGCCGACUCCGACAGAAGCGCUGUAGAGCAAUAGCCACAGGAACGGCUUGUGUUGGAGAAGGCUAAGCGGUUAUAUCUCGAGGUUCUCUACUUAUUUCAUUUGUUUUUUUGUCGAACCGCGUAUAUCUCCGGCACGGUCCGCUCGUAGGCGUGUGCGGUAGGGGGUGGAGGGGGGGAGGAUGAUUCGAGGCUGUCCGUAGUUCCAAGAAAUCUGCGCCGUUUUCUUUUUUCCCCGGUCAAGCCGUGGAGUUUUUUUAUUUUUGUUCUUGCGAGGCCAAAACCCCACCACCGCGCCGCUCUUAGCCAUGGCGCUCCGCUUACGCGAAUUGCCGAACGCGUGCAUUGGUUGUGUCGGAUGAAGACGUUUUCGGCAGAGAGUAGGGUAAAUUAGCGAGGACAAAGUUGAUUUGGCGCUUUCGUGAUUGCAGGAAUUACUCUUUGGUUCUUUCGGUAAAGUGACGUAGAAAGAGAAAAUAGGAAAUUAAAAAAAGAGGACAAAUCUGCGCACAUUUUUUUUCUCCGCCUCCUCCUCACACUUUGAGAGGGUUAGUUGUUACACGUCGGCCUCGAGAUGAUUGACAGCAGCAAGAAGCUUCAGCAGCAGCGGCGUGCCGCGCUCGUCUGCAGCACGCACGGCGGUAAAGAUUUCAAGCAGUGGAACGGAAGCCACUGCCACAAUGGAAGGGAAAUCUACAAGAGCCUAAAGGAAGGUGGAGGGCACCGUUGGCAGAUGAACAAAUUUGUGGAUAAGAGGCGUUGUCAUCCUAUUGUCCACGUUUAUUCUGCCCAAGUCCACCUCUCUCUUGAAAAGGCCUGGCAAGCAAGCAAAAGCACAGGAUUACGGAACAUGCUGCAGCUGAAACUCCAGCAGCGCAGAACUCGCGAGCAGCUCGUGGACCAGGGCAUCAUGCCGCCGUUGAAGAGUCCGGCUGCAUUUCACGAGCAGCGGAAAAGCCUGGAGCGCGCAAGGACCGAGGACUACCUAAAGCACAAAAUCCGAAGCAGGCCGGAGCGUGCCGAGCUGGUGAAGAUGCACAUCCUGGAAGAUACCUCGGCCGAGCCUUCGCUGCAGGCCACGCAGAUGAAGCUCAAGCGAGCGCGACUCGCCGACGAUCUCAACGAGAAGAUCGCCCAGCGCCCGGGGCCCAUGGAGCUGGUUGAAAAGAACAUCCUCCCAGUGGACUCAACCCUCAAGGAGGCCAUCAAAGUCGGUCAGGUGCAGUACCCAAAGACGUCAGACAUCUUCUCGUACGCCGACGAUGACAGCAGCGACGCGCCGUCCCCGGAGCAGCCAGCCUCGCAGGAGUCGCAGGCGUCCUCGGUGCCCUCUCCUCCGGAGCACAAGCUCCCCGAGUCGCUGUCGCCCAUCGCCUCCGCGACCAUACAGUACCUGCCACUGCUGCCAAGCUCAGUGGAGACAUCAAAGCCCCCGGCUGCUGUCAUGGCACCACAGCAGCUGCCGCCGCCGCCGCCGCCGCCACCACCACCACCUCCGCCUCCGCUUCCUCCACCUGUACCCCAGCCAGCAGUCAACCACAACCAGUCGUCCCCUGGGCAGAUGACCACUCCGAGCAAGUCCAUGCCCACGCUCAUUAAACAGAGCCAGGGCAAGCCGGGCUCUGACAGCAAGAGCCGCAAAAAGUCCAAAGACCCCAAGCCGAAGGUUCGCAAGCUCAAGUACCAUCAGUACAUCCCACCCGACCAGAAGCUGGAGAAGGCAGCGCCCCCCAUGGACGUGGCGUACUCUCGCUUGCUGCAGCAACAGCAGCUCUUCUUACAGCUGCAGAUCAUGAGCCACCAGCAGCAGCAGCACUACAACUAUCAAGCCAUCCUGCCCGCCCCGCCAAAGUGUGACGCGAUGAUGAACGGUUGCACGCUAGAGCAGAGAGGGCUGGGCACCAGCAUGAGCGGCUCCAUUUCCUCGCUGUCAUCGAUGCCGUCCCUCUCGUCGGCUCCUCCUCGACACACGCACACGCCCAGCCCGGCACCAUCACAGCCGGCAAAACCCGGCCUUCUGCCAUCCAACCUGGAAGAGCUCAAGGUGUCGGAGCUACGGCAGGAGCUGAAAUCCCGAGGGCUGCCCGUUUCUGGCACCAAGCCUACGCUGGUGGAGCGCUUGAGACCCUUCCAGGACCCGAACUACAUCGCUCCGUCCACGUCAGGCUCGUCCGGCAUCCCCGCAGUCGUGACGCUCUCCAGCAUGGCAGGGGACGGCCUCUCGCAGUGCUUCCUCAGCAGCGCCACCGUCGCCACCUCCCCUGCGACCAACAGCAGCCGCAGUGGCCUCAGUGGCAGCAGCAGUGGCGGCAGUGCCGGCUUCUCGCCAGAGAUAAUGGGCGCGGGGGGGAAUUACUGCGGCGGCAGCGGAAGCACGCCACCCAUCUCUCCGGCCGUCUCCGAGCAGAGCCUGAUGAGCACAGACUUCGGCAGCUUUGCAGACCCUUUCUCCGACUACCCAAUGUCUCCGCAGGCGGCAAACAGCAUGGCCUCGUCGCUGCAUCUGUGCUCUCCGCCUCUGAUCGCCAAGACUGAAAUGGACGAAGAUGGCGGCGCGAUGACUGCCAGUGGUUUUGGCGGUGGGGAAAAGGAAGGAGGAGGGGGGCAGGCCAUCGCCUCCAGCAAUGGAUCCGUCUUAGCUUCUGCCGUCAAGGUGGACGUGGAUGAAAAGGACAAGAUGCUGCUGGAAAAGCAGCGCAAGAUCGAAGAGCUGACGCGGAUGAUAGAGCAGGAGCAGCGGCAGCUAGAGGAGAUCCGCAUGCAGAUCGAGCGCGAGAAACAUACUACUCAGCCCAGCUCCGCAGCACCUGGCUCAGCCUCACAUAAUUUUUGUGAUGGUGGUCACAGCACUAACUCCUCCACAAAGCAUCUUGAUACAGCUGGGCUCCAGGGUCAUGGAUGUGCCACGGCAAAACAACAGCUAUCGCACAUCGCUGCUCCCCCGAUGAUUCACCUGCAGCUUCAACAGUCCAGUCCCGGAAAGGGGCAGCAGCAGCAGCAACAACAACAACAACAGCAGCAGCAUCAGCAGCAGCAUCAGAAGCAGCAGCAGCAGAUUUUUGCGAUAAAGCAAGAGACACCAUUUAUGAGCUGCGCACAGUUUGGAUCGUGCAGCAAUGGGCAGCAGUUGACUCACAGUCACAGUGACUCCGCCCUCUCUUCUUCACCCAAAAAUAUGCUGCUGAGCCACACGGCCCCUCCGUACAAAGCUCUGGAGAUGCUGCAGCACAACCAGAUUCAGAGCGGCCACAUGCAGCGCAGCCAGGUGCACGGCAGCCCCCAGCACGGCCCGGCGGGGCUGUCCCUCGGAAUGGCCGGCGCCGCCCAGGCGAGCGGCGACUCCUCCCCGUCCCACACGCAGCAGAGGGAGCUCUCGGCCUCCCCGUCCAAGCCUUGCAUGUUGACUGCUGGUGAAGUUCAUGUGCAGAGCCUUAAGCAGAUGGCCGAUGGCUUCACACACGGCCACAUGGCAGGACAAGCCCAGGGCCAUCCUGGAGCAGCUGGCACACAGGGCAUGGCUCACAAGGCAGCCAGCCCACAGGACGGACUUCUCUUCCACUCCUCCUCCAGUCGCCAGCACCAGUCCAAGGUCCUAAAGCACACUCUGCCCAUGUUCACACCAACCUCCAUGGCGGGCUCACUCUUCUCGUGCCCAACUGCGCCACCUUCCCUGCAGCCGUUCUUUACUGUGGAUGGAAAACGGCCGGGCUGCCUGGCCAAUGGGACAAUGUCGGCCAAGUCAAUCUCGGUCCCGGAUUCGCUGCACCAAGCCGGCUUCCACAUGCACCACGACCACAUAUUCUCUCCGAUGGCGCAGACUACGGCUUCUAAACACCGGCAGCCUCCGUCGUACGCGGACGCGGUUCUUCAGGCCAAGAACCAGCAUCACCAGCAGCAUAGCUCUCGGAGUCAGCAGAUGGAUGAAGUUUUGGACCUUCUCAUUGAGAAUGGAGAGAUGCCAGCUCAUGCCAAGGAAGAUCCUCCUCCCACUCCAAAGUUAGGCUCCUCUGGGGCAUCGAUUUCGGCCAUGAGUAUCGCAAAUUGCUCCCAGUCACCGUCCGAGCACAACACUCACCAUACGCACGGUACCACCAGUGCCAGCAGAGACAGAGACCGAGACCGAGAGAGCGACAAGCAACUGGAGGACCUCCUGUCACAGCCCGACCCAUCCUCCAGCCUCUUCAAGAUGGACUCGGACGGGGAACUCGACCCCUUUCCCAUGCUGGAGGACUUCCCGUCUGCAGACGCCACCACGGGGGGCCUGGGGCCACCCACGGGCAUCCUAGAGUCGCUGGACAGUCCGCUGUCACCCAUGGACACGGGCCACGCCGUGCUGUCGCUGGGCGAGGAAGGGCUGGACAUGGAGUGGGCCGAGCUGACCAUGCCGGACUCCAACUCAGGUCUUACCCCGCUAGGAGUCAAUUCGCCCAGCCUCUUUUCUACAGACUUCUUGGAUAGCGCAGACCUAAGCCUGAAUACGCCAUCCGACUUAAUAUUCUGAAGGUCGCCCACACCCCACACCCAAAUUUAAGCAUUUUUGAUGGUAGGGCUCUUGAACUUCGGUCGAAAACUGCACACAUAGCUCUAAAGCCAACCGCAAUCAACUCAUUCAUUCGUAAGUGCUGAGAAAUCAUUGGUGUUGUCUGCAACUCCACAGACAUCAGUCCUGUGCCUGCUACUGCUGCUGCAUGUGUUCACUGCGAUGAUGGAAAGCGGUCAUGGUAUCUAUGACCACUAUUCCUGAUGCAUGCCUCUCGCUCUCCAGCCGGCCAGCUGCGAUAGACCACACAUCGCUCCCUCGGGGUAAUUAAAAUUUGCAUCACGCACACUUCCAAUUUCUAUUGUUAUGUAAAUAUUAACCAAAUAUACUCGAUUUCAACAACUGCAUUUUUUUUACAUUAUGUAUUGAAUGUUAAGAUAUACUUAUUAAAAUAUUUACCGAUUUAAUUCAUCAAUGUCUAUGGACAGGGUAAAGGACAAAGUUCAAUCAGUGAUGAUGGUGGUGGUGGGAAAUGUAAAAGUGUAGAACUGGGCAUGGCAGGGGGUGGGGGUGGAGGGGGGCAUUAAUUAUUGUUUCUUUUAAGUUGCUUACCGCGCAAUUUAGUUUAGUACUGUUCAUUAAAGAAUGCCAUAGGUACCGAACAAUUUGGCUGUAAACACGUUGUUUUGCUCAGUGUUUGGACUGUUCAGGAUUGUGUCAUUUUUAACACAAGUCUCCUUGCUUUAUGAGCUGGUGGGGGCUGCGGUGAGCAGCUCUCUCCGCCUCCAGCUCCCACUUGUGAAGGCAACGCUGAAUGUAGUUUCCCAGAACCCAUCUCACCCCAUUAGACAAAAAGCUGCUGCGUGUGUGAACUCGACAUCCUUGUGAACAGGCUCGGUGGAAUUGCGAUGCCGUGAGAUCUUUCACUUCAUCGUCACCCGGUAGCGCCUCGUUGCAGUCAACGUAAAGCCACCGAAAAUCCAAAAGUGCAGAAACUAUGUUUCGUUUAAACGCUGCAGAUGUUGGAAUAAAUCAAGCUGAAGCAAGGAGUUGUAUUCAAAUUAUGAUCCGCUUUUGAUAUAUUUCAAAAAAAAAUAUACGCUGUGGUAAUGUUAGGCAUUCAUGAGAUACUACCAUGCUGUAAUCGUUAGUACAGCUGUACUUGCAAAACCAAAUUGAAUGUCAUGGGAUUGUUGUGCAGGCUUUGGCGACCCCGGCUGAGACCAUCAACUCUCACUACAGCUUGAGAGCCUGCUUUAAUCAUAUGAGGUUGAAAACUGGAUUCAACACCUGUGGUGCAAACUCAGUGCUCUGACCUCUGAACCAUGAGGGUCACCUCCUGCUAAGCAUUAUUUUCUGGAUAUCAAUAUUGACUGGUGCUCGCUUCAUAAAGGACCACACCCAUUGGUGGAGCUGGAUAUGUAAUAAUAUGCGUGAUCUGUCUGUACAAGUGUUGGUUUCCUUAUUGAUGAAUAGAGCAGUUUUGUAUUGAUGAACGCUUCACGGAGAGACUGGAUGGCUUAUUUCAGACUUCUACUUUAACGAGUACACUGUCACAGUGUGCUGCGAAAUCAUCACACCGUGUGAAUCACAUGGCAGUUCCUUCGCCUUUCAUCCCAUUGCCGUCACGAGCUCAUGAGUGAUUUUUAUUUUUUAAACCUUGUAACUGGAUUUGUAGGAUGUUGACAACAGAGUAAUAGGUGUAGGAAAGUGCUGUAUGUUUUGUUUUUUGUUUAAUUAAUUUGUUAGAGAUAUACUUUAGAACACUCAGUAAAUGUACAGAAUUAAAAGAAAAAAAAAACUUUUUUUAAAUAUUUGUAUCACAUUAAAUAUGCCAUCUUGGUUUCAUGUAGUUGCUGGUAGUGAUAAUAUCGUGCAGCUGGUUAGCUUGGCACACUGUUUAGUGGAUACCCCCCCCCCCCAUCUGCAGGACAUUUUUUUAAAUAACAUAUAUUAACCUGGGUAUUUGGAAAACACUUUUUCUUUAAGUUACAUCUCGAUAGAUAUGUCAAUGCCUUGGUCCUGUAUUUAGAGAGAUGUUUGUACAAUCGGGCUGCUGCUGUUUCAAGUCAGUGUUUAUUGGUCCGUAGGCUUUGCAACAUCAUCAUCGUACACUUGAGAGCCAGUCGCUUACAUCAUCAUCAUCGUGUUCUUCAGGGUCCAACGUGCAGUGUACCUUUUUUGUCGUAGCCAAAUGCUAUAGUAAUGUUGGAGGGGGGGGGGGGGG